UCGCACACAUACUCUACAUCAAAGUUUUGCUGUCUGACCCGGUCAUGAGUAUGUGACACUGACAGAAAGAAAGCAUCAAUGCGGAGGCAUAGAAAUAUGAUUGCGGCUGUCUUACUGCUGUGCGCUGUUGAGCUUCACUGCUCCGAUGGUGUGUCAGAGCAGGAUCAGGCCUGUGUGCCCAGUCAUGAGGCAGCAUGUUUUGUGCCAGCUGACUAUUUGAAUGUGCCUGGUUCUGUGGACGUAGAGGUGUGUGUUGGCAAGAAACUCAUCAUCUCCCUGGAGCACUUCUCUAAAUACCCCGUACGCUGGAUCAGAGGAGCAGACCCAAUACUGACAGUUAAUGGAAGUCACUUCUUGGUCCUACCACCACUUUCUGAGAGAGAUUCAGGGGAGUACACACUGAGCUUUGAAACUAGCAAUGGGACCAGGACUUCAAUGACCAUAGCUCUGCGUGUUGUAAUGAAACAUCCCACAAAACCAAAGCUGAUACUGGACAAAGUAGAUGUCGAAAUGACUUCCCCUCAUUUCAAAUGCAUCUCUGAGGACUGUCCAAAGCCCACACUUAAAUUGUCUGGAAACCAUGGGAUAAAUGUUCCUUCAAAUAGUGGAUGGGGAGCUAUUACAAUCACCAGUAGUAAAUAUUAUGACAAAGGAGUGAUGUGCUGUGCUACUAAUGCUGAAGGACAAGAAUGCUCCCAACUGUAUGACUAUGACCUAGAGAGUGACUUUAUGAAAAAUGAUGAGGUAGUUAACAUCACUGUGAGCCCUGGUCAGCCUUUACUUCUUCGCUGCCGAAUACAACAAUAUGGAAAGCCGUCACUUGUGUGGGAGAUUGGCGGCAAAACAAUGGAUGCCAAAACAUUAGCUUGCUCUUCUAAAGUGAAGAAGGAGGUCUGCAUUAAAAAUGACUCACAUGGAAGAAGUCAGAUGGCCUACCUGUUCAUCGAAUCACUUAGUGUGAACCACAGUGGCACUUACAUCUGCAGGAGAGAGAACAACAAAACAAAGUCUGUUGACAUUCAUGUCCAAGCUGAGGGUUUCCUCUCUGUCCAGCUGGAUAAGAGUAGGAUCAUAUCAGUUCAGAAUGGAUCUCACUCCUGUUUGGAAGCCAGUGUUUCCUACCACCCUGUUCUCCAGCACUGUUCCUGGGAAGCUCCUGAUAAAAACAGGACUAAAUGCAAGAGGGACAGUUGGGUAACAAAACACAGGACUGUGAAGCUAUGUGGCGCACUCAAAUCAGGAGAUUAUAAAUUACAUUUGGAGGCUGGAGGACAAAAAGAAACAAAGACCAUAUCAGUGUGUGUUGUAGGCAGACCAAAGUUUACAUUCCGGAACAACGACAAUGAUCUCUACACAUUUGAGACUGUGAGUCUUGUGCCAGCAAACUAUACCUGGAAGUCUUGUUCUUUGUCCAACAAUGGCAGCUGUGAAACGGACCAUUCCUGGAAGGAGAUCCCAGGUGCCUCUAAAACAGACUCUGAUGUCUUUUGUAAGAAGACAAUCAAGAGCUCUCUUAGCAGACAUCUAGUAGAAGGACACCUUUUAAGUUUUUGCCUGACAAAUUCAGUUGGUUCCUGGUGCCAAGCUCAAUACUUAUACCCAGAUUUGCCCCAGGCCCUCACAGGUGUUUCCCAUAUUGAUGACGGCACCAUGAUAGUGCUAAAAGCAGGCAGUAUGUUUCUGCUCCUGGCUUUGGUGGUAGUUAGCGUGGUGCUCUUGUACUUUGUCAAAAAGAAGAAACCCAAGUAUCAGCCCCAGCUUCAGAUAAUUCAGAUGGUUGGACCCAAUGACAAUGAUUACAUCUACAUAAACUUCAAGGAGUUUGGGUAUGACCAGAAAUGGGAGUUUCCCAGGGAGAACCUGGAACUGGGUCAGGAGCUGGGCUCUGGGGCCUUUGGCAAGGUGGUCCAGGCUACAGCUUAUGGCAUCAACAAGCCUGGAGUCUCACAGCAGGUGGCCGUCAAGAUGCUUAAAGAGAAACACCAGACAGUGGAGAAGGAGGCUCUGAUGUCUGAGCUCAAGAUGAUGACUCACAUCGGUCACCAUACCAACAUUGUUAAUCUGCUUGGGGCAUGCACAGACUCAGGACCCAUAUACCUGAUUUUCCAGUACUGCCGUUAUGGAGAUCUACUGAACUUCCUAAAGACAAACAGAGUAUGCUACCACAAGUCUGUGACCGAUGCUUUCAACAAGGACCGUUUCAGCAGCAUUUACCACAACCAGCUGCCCAGGAAAAGCUCUGAGUGGGAACAAUGGGAAUCAAGUGAGCAGCACACAGCAGAGGGAAAUUACAUGCCCAUGUUCGGCUCCUCCACCAGAGGGCAGGAGGACAUCGCCCUGCUCUCCAUCAGCUCUGGUGACGGUGAAGGUGAAGACCCAGCGACCUGUGAAGACCCGGACGAUCAGACUGAUGACCUGCAAACCCUGACCUUUGAUGACCUGCUCUGCUUUGCCUAUCAAGUGGCCAAAGGCAUGGAGUUCCUCUCCUCCAAGAAUUGUAUCCAUCGAGACCUGGCAGCUCGAAACGUGUUAGUGACAAAUGGCAGACUGGUGAAAAUUGGUGACUUCGGACUGGCCAGGGACAUCGAAAACGACUCCAACUAUGUUGUUAGAGGAAAUGUGCGUUUGCCAGUGAAGUGGAUGGCACCAGAGAGUACCUUUCAGGGGAUCUACACCAUGAAGAGUGACGUCUGGGCUUAUGGCAUUCUCCUUUGGGAAAUCUUCUCACUUGGUGUUACUCCGUACCCUGGCAUGAAGGUGGAUCACAUGUUCUAUACAAAGAUCGAGAGAGGAUUUAAGAUGGAGUGUCCAUACUACGCCGACGAGUCUGUGUACUGGGUGAUGUGUAAGUGUUGGGCUCUGGAUCCCUGCGACCGGCCAUCUUUCUCCAAACUGGUGUCCUUAAUGUGUGAUCAGCUGAGAGACAGAGAGGAAAAGCUUUACCACAACAUUCUCGACCAGACAUCCAGCGAAUACCAGAACCCAUCAGCCAUUCUGGACAUUUUCGCUUUGACAAACCUGAAUGAGAACAAGACUGCCAAUGAUUACUGUCAAACCCAUGCAACUGAAGAAAGUAAAGCAGAAGUGUCCGAUUCUGACACUGUGGCAGCUGAGGAGAAGCUUGUGAAGCCAUCUGAUACGGAGUGAUAACAUAUCACUGAGUGCAUGUUGAUCAAAUGUUCAAAACCAUAUUAUUAUUUAAGAUGUUUUUUAUAGUGACAGUAGAAUGCACUUGCUUUUUAUUCUAUUACAAUAUGCUAAAAAAACAAGAUUUAACUAUGUAAAUAGAAUUUGAUGACUAUAUUAAUAUGAAAAUCGGGUCUGGAUUUUUAAAAAAAUGUUUAUUGUGCAGCCAAAAAAGGAUAACAGUUUAAUAAACGGAUUCUAAACAGUCGAGAGAUGUAAGAUGGGUUUUUACUUUAUUAUAGGUCUACAGUAUAUACUGUGUAGCAACUGAUCAAUUUAAAGUUUUAGAUGUGAUCAUAUACCAUAUAUCAUAGUGUUAUGCUGUUAAAUGUGAUGGUAAUUAUUUUUUUUGUGGUCUCUUAUAUUAUGUUGGCAGUUAUUACUUGCAGUUAAACCCAAUGUUUACACACAUAUAUCUGUAUUAUUUACUUUCCUUUUUUGGAACAUUUAAGUUGAUCUUUUUAUUAUAUGUAUUUGUUUGUGUUUGUUUCAGCAUUAUACCUGUAAUAAAAUGGGAUUUUUACUUCUCAGAUUGUUUUAUUUGAGUUAUUUCCAAAAAGCCUAAAGAGGAGUAACCAUUUAGAAUUUAAUAAGAAAAGAG